UCUGCGCAGUGUUGGCGACACCACCGGGGAGCGGUGCGCAUUUUCCUUCGAUCUGAGAAGAGGACCACAGCAUCUGAAGCGGCAUUACUGAGCCAGAACGGACAAAUCUAAGAGGAUAGAAAAACCACAAUCUGACAACCAAGGAGGACAUUGUGGGUUAUCUUAUUUUGAAAAACCUUUGAUGCACUGACUCGGGAGGAGACAGCCAAACCCUAUGCCCCCUCCAAACGGGAUAUUUGACCGACCUAUGGAGUGUUGAUUUACGUUGUCAUUUUCCAAGAAUAUUUUUUGGACACUCAGAGGAGCCUCGCUUGUAACACAUUUGUCAUUGGCCUAUUUCUUUUUAAACAAAUUGCUGCGGGCUCAGAAAAUAGCUUUCAUUGCCAGUUUAGUGUUACAUAACCGAGCGGCAUUAGCUGUCCAAGGUGCUGAACUGAACGAAGCCGAUACCGGGACGAGCUGAGGGGAAUUCACAACCUUGCAAGGUCACAGGCCUAUCAUUCGGGGAAGAGGAAAGCCGGGGUUUCCGCCAACUCAACCACCGGGAAUCAGCCGGCCUAUAUUCACACAUUUUUUCAUCAUCCCGUGGUGAAAUACAUUCCUGAGGUGGUCGAUUCAACGGAGAGAAAAUGUCGGGGCAAACGCUCACGGAUCGCAUCGCCGCUGCGCAACACCAGCUAACGGGAUCAGAUAUGGCCCGGGCUGUCUGCAAAGCCACCACUCAUGAAGUGAUGGCGCCCAAGAAAAAGCACCUGGAGUACCUGGUGUCAGCCACCAACACCACCAACGUGAACAUUCCUCAGAUGGCUGACACGCUGUUUGAGCGAGCCACUAAUGCCAGCUGGGUGGUCGUCUUCAAGGCCCUUGUCACCAGUCAUCACAUGUGUGUCCACGGCAACGAGAGGUUCAUUCAGUACUUGGCUUCCAGGACCUCCCUUUUCAACCUCAGCAAUUUUAUCGACAAAACCGGCUCUCACGGAUAUGACAUGUCUACAUUCAUCAGACGGUAUGGACGAUACCUGAACGAGAAAGCCUUCGCCUACCGCCAGAUGGCUUUUGAUUUCACCAGAGUGAAGAAGGGUGCUGAGGGUGUGAUGAGGACCAUGACCACUGAGAAGCUGUUGAAAGGCAUGCCUGUUUUGCAGACUCAGAUUGACACACUCCUGGAGUUCGAUGUUCAUCCCAAGGAGCUGAACAAUGGGAUCAUCAAUGCUGCAUUCCUGCUUCUCUUCAAGGACCUGGUCAAACUGUUUGCAUCCUACAAUGACGGAGUCAUCAACCUAUUAGAGAAAUACUUCAAGAUGAAGAAGAGCGACUGUAAGGAGGCCUUGGAGAUCUACAAGAGGUUCCUGACCAGGGUUACAAAGAUUGGGGAAUUCAUGAAGCUGGCUGAGACAGUUGGAGUUGAGAAAAACGACAUUCCUGACAUCAACUACGCUCCCAGCAGUAUCCUGGAGAGUCUGGAAACGCACAUGAAUGGUCUGGAGGAUGUGAAGGGUGGAAAGAAGGGGUCGCCAACAAAGGGGUCUCCGACAAACAACGUGUCUCCAACAUCGACUCCGGCCAAAUCUUCAAACGCUGUUCCCACACUGCAGCCUCCUCCUGGGGAGAGCGCUGCCGCUGCUGCUGCUGCUGAGCCAGCUGAAGAUUCCUUGUUGGACCUGGAUCCGCUGUCCUCAUCGGGUCCCUCAGGGCAAUCAGCUGCCCCCACGUCUUGGGGAGAUCUUCUUGGAUCAGACCCCUUUGCUCCCUUGGAUGGUAGCACCAACGCAGCUUCUUCAGGUCUAGACCUUUUCGGCAUGAUGACUGUGGAGAAUAAUAACCUGGGUAGUUCGCUGGAUGCCUGUUUUAGCUCAUCCCCCUCCCCUUCCCCGCUCUUCACCUCUGCAUCCAGCACCAUCACCACCACUGCAACCAUUUCAGCUCCCAGCGCUCCCAGCGCUCCCAGCGCUGCCAACCCUGCGACUGACCUUUUCAGCGAUAUCUUUGAUUCCAUGCCAGACACAAGCUUCACCAAAGCAGACCCCGCUCCCAGUGUUGACUUGUUUACAGCAGCAGAUAUGUUCAGCUCCCCUGCCCCCAUCCUCUCCUCCGCACCCCCACCCAAAAUUGACACGGGAGCCAUCGUGAACCUGUUUGGUGCGUGAAGCCGAAGGCUGACUAUUACCCCUUCUUUGCCCUUAUGCUGCGAUGGCUCAACAACCUACUUUGACCUGGCAUGGCAU